AUGAAGCAAGCACUGUUGAUCCUCCUGGCCACCGUCGCCGGCACAUAUGCAUCGGCGAGUCUGAAAGUGCGCUUCGGGGCGCCAUUGACGAAGCGCUUCAUCAAGAUGCCUCUGACGGUGACUGAGGCCAGUCAGACCUUCAAGUGGACGGAGACCCCGCGCCCAGAGAACAGCCUGCUGCCCUCGCUCAUCCUGUACUGCCACGAGUCCAGGAAGUCCUGCGUGCUCUUUGACGACACCGGCUACAUCGCCGGCUACCAGACAGCUUUCCCUACUGACGAGUACACCAACAACAUCUACGACUGGGAAGUGCAAGGUUUCACCAAGUGGACUCCCUCAGACGACGGCAAAGUUUACUACGCUACUCAGAUCUACUUCGUAUCAGAAGAAUUCAUGGCUAAGAGCAAGGAGGAACGUUACGCAGCUCGCGUCAGCAAUAGCAUCCUGCAGCUGGACGGCAUCUGGGUGUCAGGCUUCAACGGCAAGCUUAUGAAGAUCUCCAAGACCUUUGAAGACAUCAAGAGCACCCUCUUCACCAAACAGGCUUGCAUUCCUGGCAUGGGUCGUCACUACUACUACAACAUGUCAGAGAGCCUGGAGUGCUCAGCGGAGACGAUGCUGCCGUGGUUCCCGCUGUUCCACGGGGGCAGGCUGGUGGCAGUUGGACUGGUCACCUACGGCCAGAUGCCCGAGCAGAGCUACGACGUCUUCGAGAGACCGCCUAAGCUAGCUGUCAAGGCCAUCGUCCCCAGCGGUCCGCAGUGCUUGUACAAUUUGGCAGACAACCCUGGGCUGGUAACGUCACACAUCUACUUCGAUGUCGACUCUCCUUCCCUCAACCUCAACUGCAUUUUGCAAUAA